AUGGAAGGAAGCUGGUUCCACAAAGAGAGAUUCCCAUUACUCCUUGUUCUUGGUCUUCUCCUUCAAGGAAGAGGCAGUACCUUCGUCGUCAACUGCUCAGGGUUUGGCCAGCAUGGAGUGGAUCCCACUGUUCUGGAUUCAGUGUUUGAGAGGAAGGCCUUCCGUCCAGUUACCAACUUCAGCGUCCCCACCCUAGUCAACAUCUCCUUUACUAUGUCUGCCAUCCUAGAUGUGGAUGAACAGCUACAACUCUUGUCAUCAUUCCUGUGGCUGGAAAUGGUCUGUGAUAACCCAUUUAUCAGAUGGAACCCAGAGGAGUGUGAGGGCAUCAUGAAGAUCAGUGUGGCGACCAAGAAUCUAUGGCUCCCAGACAUUUUCAUCGUUGAGUUCAUGAAUGUGAAUAAGACCCCAAAAGGCCUCACUGCAUAUGUGAAUAAUGAAGGUCACAUCAGAUAUUAGAAACCCAUGAAGGUGACCAGCAUCUGUAACCUGGACAUCUUCUACUUCCCUUUUGACCAGCAGAACUGCACACUCACCUUUAGUUCAUUUCUUUACACGGUGGAGAAUAUGCUGCUGGGCAUGGAGAAAGAAGUGUGAGAAAUAGCAGAUACAUCCCAGGAUAUCGAUCAAACCCAUGGAGAGUGGGAGCUCCUGGGCAUCAACAAGGCCACCCUGAAGAUGUCCCUGGGCACCAGCCCAUAUGAUUAGAUCAUGUUCAACGUGGCCAUCAGGCACAAGCCCAGACUCUACAUCACAAACCUCUGGUGCCCAGUGUCUUUCUGGUUGCCAGCAGAAAGUGGAAAUCGUGCCCCAUUCAAGAUAACGCUUCUGCUGGGCUACAAUGUUUUCCUGCUCAUGAUGAAUGACUUACUCCCCACCAGUGGCACCCCCCUCAUCAGUAUGGCAUCACCAGCCUUGGGGACUUUCAGUGCUAAAACUGGCAUAGUCCUGGAUGACAAGGCCAGUUGGUCACCCUACCUGCUUCCUCUCUUUUAUACCACAGCCCUCCUCCUCCUCAAGCACACAUGUCCCUUGGGGGAGGCUGGAUAA